AUGGCUUCCUGCGACAUUUUGAGUGUCUUGUUUGGUUUAGGUGUUUGGCUUGCUACAAUGGGUUACGCGCAGCUCGUUAUCGGUCCAGCAGGAAGCGGAAAGUCAACUUAUUGCUCAUCUUUAUAUGAACAUUGCGAAACCGUCGGCCGAACAAUGCAUGUUGUUAACUUGGAUCCUGCUGCUGAAAUCUUCAAUUAUCCUGUGGCUAUGGAUAUAAGAGAACUUGUUUCUUUGGAAGAUGUAAUGGAGGAGCUAGGCCUUGGUCCUAAUGGUGGUCUCAUGUACUGCAUGGAGUACCUUGAGGAUAGCUUACAUGAUUGGGUGGAUGAAGAAUUGGAGAACUACAGGGACGACGAUUACCUUAUAUUUGAUUGUCCAGGCCAGAUAGAGCUGUUUACACAUGUUCCUGUCCUCAAGAACUUUGUGGCGCAUUUGCAACAGAAGAACUUCAACGUCUGCGUUGUUUAUCUGCUUGAUUCACAGUUCAUAACAGAUGUAACCAAGUUUAUCAGCGGUUGCAUGUCGUCUCUCUCUGCUAUGAUCCAGCUUGAAUUACCACAUGUCAACAUCCUCUCAAAGAUGGACCUCUUGCAGGAUAAAAGUAACAUUGAUGACUACUUGGAUCCGAAUCCUCGCACAUUGUUGGCAGAGUUAAACAAAAGGAUGUCUCCUCGAUUUGCUAAAUUGAACAAAGCCUUGAUGGAAAUGGUGGGUGAGUAUGCGAUGGUGAAUUUCAUUCCCCUUGACAUUAGGAAAGAACGAAGCAUUCAAUAUGUUCUGUCGCAAAUCGACUUCUGUAUCCAGUUUGGAGAAGAGGCUGACGUUAAGAUCAAGGAUGAGGAUGAAGAUUUUGGUGAUGAUGGUCCGGAUUCAUAA